CCUAAAACGGCGCCUUUCAUGUUUCAACCACAAAGCAAAAUUUCAUUUCUUUCCCAUAAAAUCUCGCUUCUAUGGAGUUGCAGGUGAGCCAGAUAAUGGAGUCACUGUCGCUAAACCAACUAAUCUCUGCAACAAACCGAAGAAACCCACUAAAGCCUUCUCAUUUUUCUACAAGAAAACCAUCUCUUCACCUCCAAACUCGGCCUCUCCGCUUCAAGACUUCGAUUCGCUCCAAACAAUCUGAUUAUCAAGACUUUCAGGGCUAUGCAAAACCUUCACGUCUGUUGCCAGCCACAGAAGUUAAAGUCUGCACUGAAACCUCAUUAGAAAGGAUUAUUUCAUCCUUCAAUGUCAGUGGAUCUCAGUCUUUAUUUAAGGUCAAGAUAGAGACAAGUAAUAUCUAUGGCUCAAGUCUGAGUGAUUUAAAUGCUGGUAUACUCUUCUGCGUGAUAGACGAAAACGGUAACUCAAUAUUACAGAGGAUACCACCAAGUUGGGUGACUGAUCACUCUGCCAAGACAAAGGACUCAGUUGAUUCUAAUAUUGUCCAUUUCCAGAGAGGUUCUUCGGAUGAGUUCACCUUUGAGGGACCUAGACUGGGAAAAGUUGAAGCUCUUUGGAUCAGUCUGGAAUCAGGUCAGUGGAGAUUAGGAGGUGUGAGCCUGACAGUCAUCAAUGCUUCUCAACCUUUACCAAAAGAAGAUGAUGGAGAAGAAAUCAAGUAUACUGUUUACUGCUACGACUUUGAAGUUGACGACAUCUUGCUCGGUGAGGGAGGCGAUGCAUCCAUGGUGGAGAUUAGACCUUUCAAUAUAACCGAGUUAUCUGGGGUUGAUCCAUUCACCUUAUUGAGUAAAAGCCUUUGGCAGUCGACUCCACUUUUGAGUGGUGGGAUAUCUAAUGAGGAAAGCAUGAAGGAAUAUGCAGUUUUGAAAUUCUCUUUGUUACUCUAUGAUGCCAUUCUGAUCUUCAUUGGUACAUCAGUUGCAUCCUUCUCCGUUGGUGAGAGUUCUGCUUUUGCAUUCUUAAUUGGUGGGGUGAGCGGUUUUUUGUACUUAUUGCUAUUGCAAAGGUCCAUUGAUGGAUUACCAGCUCCAGCUUUGCGUUCCAAUAACCCAGGAGGAAAUUUCUAUAGAGGAUUUAAGGGUCCAUUGUCGAGCCUUGCAUUGGCUAUAGGAUUUUCUCUUUUAGCUAUCAAGUAUAGCGCGGGGGAUGAUAUUCCAUUCAUGUUGACUCCAAGAGAACUCUUGUUUGGGAUGAUGGGAUUUCUUGCAUGUAAAGUCGCAGUCGUGUUGGCUGCGUUCAAGCCUGUGCCAGUGAAUUUAAAGGAGAACAGAUGAUACAUUCUCGUUCCAUCUGCCGCAAAGAAAGAGAGGUUUGAGCAUUGUAAGAUUGGUUUAGACCUUUGAUUUGAAAAAAAAUACUCAGCUGUAGAUACUUAGUAAAAAAUUUAUACAUGAUCUGCAUACUUGUAAAAGAAAUGACCUGACAGUGUUAAUCCUUUAUAAGCUUAAUUGAUCAAUGAGCUAUAUUUUCUUUUUGAUU